AUGCCUGAGAUACUAAAAGAAGCCGUGUUGAAACCAAAACUAAAGAAAGAUUCGCUGGAUUACGAAGAAUACACAAAUUUCCGACCUAUUUCAAAUUUAAAAUUCCUGUCUAAAGUAAUUGAGAAGGUUGCUGCCGGUCAGCUUCUGGAACACUUGGCUAAUAACAAAUUAGAAGAACCCUUCCAGUCGGCAUAUAAACGUUUUCAUAGUGCAGAAACAACCCCAUUAAAAGUACAAAACGAUAUUCUUGUAGCCAUUGAUAAUC